UGUUUUUUUUUAAAGAAGGAAUAUUACAAGUAAAACUGCCUGCAGCACACAGCUGAAAACAUCUGGAGCUGCUUAAUUCAAACAUGUUGCUGCCUCCAUCCAUCGACCCAUCAUCCAUCAUCCUUUAUCCUCCGCUGAUGACGGUGGCAGCAGGUUGAGCAGGGACUCCAGAUCUUCUCCUCAGCGACACCUCUGGGUCCACCUGUGGAAUUUGAGGCGCUCCCAGACCAGAAGAGGGGGUUCGGGGUCUCCCCUGAGGUCUUCCCCCGGUUAGGCAUGUUGCUGCAACAAAUUCAUGCUGAAGAAUCAAAAGUAUGAUUUCAGGUGCUGAGAUGUGUUCUUGGGUUCUGAUUCUGUGAGUGGGUACAGCUGGAACUUUGAGCUUCGGGCUCCUGUCUGUGUGAUUAUAACAUGUUGCUGCCGCUGCAUCGGGGACAGGCGGGGGACUCGGGUGGUUCUGGCGAUUCUCUGGCUCGCUCCGGUCCGCGGGGCUCGGUAUCAUCAGGUUGAAGGUGUUAUGUUGCUGGGGAAGACUCCAGUUCUUCCUCACCUUCCUGCAGCCUCACCCUCGCCGUUAUACUAAAACUCAGCCAAUCAGAAAAAUCACUCCACGUAUCACUAGGCAGACGUCCAGGCCGGCAGCCAAUCGGAUUGGGCGGCUCGGGAAAGGUCGCAGGGAGCUGAGACAGACCGAGUGACAGCGUCUGAGUCCCGGGGAGGAACAUCAGGGAAUCUCCGUGGAAAAGCCCCGCAACGCGGUCAAGAUGCCGAACAAAACCAAGAAAGAAAAGGAAACGACCAAAUCUGCCAAAAGCAGCACGAAGAACAGCAGCGGCAGCGGGAAGGAUGUGACCCCGGAGAACUUGGAUGAGUCCCAGCAGCAGAGCGGCAGUAAGCGUCCCAGUAACAGCACGCCACCUCCCACCCAACUCAACAAGAUCAAAUACUCCGGAGGUCCUCAGCUGGUGAAGAAAGAGCGCCGCCAGAGCUCGUCCCGCUUCAGCCUGACCAAAAAUAGAGAGUUACAGAAGCUGCCCGCCCUCAAAGACGCACCACCGAUAGAGCGAGAGGAUCUAUUCGUGCAGAAGCUGCGUCAGUGCUGCGUCCUCUUCGACUUCAUCAGUGACCCCCUCAGCGACCUCAAGUACAAGGAGGUGAAAAGGGCGGGGCUUAACGAGAUGGUGGAGUACAUCACGCACAACAGUGAAGUGGUGACCGAGUCCAUCUACCCCGAGGCCGUCAUCAUGUUUUCAGUCAACGUGUUCCGCACUCUUCCUCCGUCCUCCAACCCGACCGGAGCCGAGUUUGACCCUGAGGAGGACGAGCCCACGUUGGAGGCGGCGUGGCCUCACCUGCAGCUUGUGUAUGAGUUCUUCCUUCGCUUCCUGGAAUCUCCGGACUUCCAGCCGAACAUCGCCAAAAAAUACAUCGACCAAAAGUUUGUACUGUUGCUGCUGGAGCUGUUUGACAGCGAGGAUCCCCGAGAGAGAGACUUCCUGAAGACCAUCCUGCACCGGAUCUACGGCAAGUUCCUUGGCCUCCGCGCCUACAUCCGACGCCAGAUCAACAACAUCUUCUACAGGUUCAUCUAUGAGACGGAACAUCACAACGGGAUCGCUGAGCUGCUGGAGAUCCUGGGCAGCAUCAUUAACGGCUUCGCGCUGCCUCUCAAAGAAGAACACAAGAUGUUCCUGAUCCGGGUUCUGCUGCCUCUGCACAAAGUGAAGUCUCUAAGCGUGUACCACCCACAGCUGGCCUACUGCGUGGUCCAGUUCCUGGAGAAGGACAGCGGCCUGACCGAACCUGUGAUCAUGGGUCUGCUGAAGUUCUGGCCAAAGACUCACAGUCCGAAGGAGGUGAUGUUCCUGAACGAGCUGGAGGAGAUUCUGGACGUCAUCGAGCCGUCCGAGUUCGUCAAAGUCCAGGAGCCGCUCUUCAGACAGCUCGCCAAGUGUGUCUCCAGCCCGCACUUCCAGGUGGCAGAGAGAGCGCUGUAUUACUGGAACAACGAGUACAUCAUGAGUCUGAUCAGUGACAACGCCGCCAAGAUCCUUCCUAUCAUGUUCCCUGCACUCUACAAGAACUCCAAGAGCCACUGGAACAAGACGAUCCAUGGCCUAAUCUACAACGCCCUGAAGCUCUUCAUGGAGAUGAACCAGAAGCUGUUUGACGACUGCACGCAGCAGUACAAGGCCGAGAAACAAAAGGAGAAGUACAAGCUGAAGGAGCGGGAGGAGGUUUGGCACAAGAUCGAGGAGCUGGCUCGGCAGAACCCUCAGAGCAGUAAGCUCCACCCCCUACGCCCAGGACUCCACCCACAAGAAGAGUACACGGUGUAUAGUAACAGCAACGUCGCCGUGUACUCGAUGGAGACAGAGACGCCAACAGCCGAAGACAUUCAGCUGCUGAAGAAGACUGUGGAGAGCGAGGCAUCGCAGGGUCUGAAGGAUCUAAAGAAGGAUAAGGUCCUGAUGAGGAGGAAGUCGGAGCUGCCGCAGGACGUCUACACCAUCAAAGCUCUGGAGGCUCACAAGCGAGCUGAAGAGUACCUGACGGCCAAUCAGGAGGCUCUCUGACCGGAGGAGGCGGCCCCUCCUAAUCCCAACUCCGUCCCCUUGCGUCCGUCUCUCUGGGGAGGAAGUUGAUGCCGUCGUGGAGAGCCUGGUCCCGGGUCAGACUAAGGCGAAGCUGACGCCACCGCGUUCACGCAAAAAAAAACGAAAAAAAAAAAAAAAAAA